AUGGAAAUCUUGUCAUCAAUAUUCGACUACGAAUACGAUUACCGUUACUAUAAUUCGAUAUACGCGGAAGAGCGUCAGCUGGAAGAAGCUCUCGCCGCCUCUCUACACAUAUCAUCUCCACCAACAAACCACCACCAUGCCACGUCAUCAUCAAGUAACCACCACCAUGCCACGUCAUCAUCAAGGAACAACCAAGCCACGUCAUCAUCAUCUUCGAGAACUACUUCAUGCGAAAUUUGCACGGAAGACAGACGAAAAUCGGACAUGCACAAAACCGAAGGCUGCAACCAUUCAUUCUGCUACGACUGCAUAUCGAAGCACAUCCAAUACAAGCUCCAACAGAACAUAGUACCGGUCACGUGUCCCUAUCCAGACUGUCCGAACAUCAUCCAACCGAAUAAUAACAAUAAUAAUAAUAAUAAUGGGUCGUCUUUAAUUAGGUCUAAAAUCCCACAAGAAGUUCUCGACCGGUGGGAGAAGGCGACAAUCGAGUCCAUCAUUCUUGCUUCUUCGGAUGAAAUAAUCCACUGCCCUUACGAGAAAUGCUCGGAGAUUCUCGUUAUCGAGAAUGGCGUUAACGUAAUUACUGAAACCGAGUGCCCUAGGUGUCACAAAUUGUUCUGUGCAAAGUGUAGGGUUUCUUGGCAUUACGGAUUCAGCUGUCGAGAUUUUCAGAGAUUGAAUCGAAACGACAGAGACAAGAGGAAGUUAAGGUUGUUGGCGAAAGAGAACAAGUGGAAGAAAUGCCCUAAUUGUAGGGUUUUCGUUGACAAGACCGAAGGAUGUGUACACAUUACUUGCAGGUAAUUUGUUAAUUUAAUUUAAUUUAUUUUUAUUUUGAAAGUUGGAUUAAUU